AUGCCCCAGCAAACCAACAUGUCCCCCAAAGUCGCUUCUACAGUCGUACCUCGUGUCCGUGGGAAGAAGCACUUGACCCUCGCGCAACGUCAUCGCAUCUACGAGCUGCUCCACAACAGUUUCAGUGUGAUUCGCGGACCAUCUCCCGUAUCUGGAGCCGUGGCCGUGCAUCCUCACGCAAUGGCAGGGGUGUUGCCGAUAUCGCGUCAAAAAUUGCAGGAAACUCUGGUCGCAAAAGAACGCGUUCUGCGGACGAGAUUGAAGCCGCAAUCCGCCAAGCCCCCAAGAAUCGCGGCAAACGAUGCGGGCACUGGCGUUCAAGUCUGGUAUCCCUCAUCGCACGAUUGGACGCUAUAUGCAAGAGACUGGACGUUUGAAGGCACGAUCAAGUUACAUUAA